ACGCGCUGGACAGUGCAAGGCAUUGGGAUGAUUGAGCUGGGCUCAGUGGCUGAGGGCAGCAGCCCUAUUGAGGAGCUGAUGGAGCUGACCGCGCAGAGCCUGUGUCAGCUGGACAUCAAGGAACACUUCAACGUGAUUAAAGAGAUUGGCCGGGGCAAGUACGGCCGGGUGCUGCUGGUCACUCAUCGCUGCCGAGGGACGCCCAUGGCUCUGAAAGUUCUGCCCAAAGCGUCCACCAAGCUGAAGGGUUUCCUGCGGGAAUACUGUAUCUCCCUGCACCUGUCCCACCACCCAUGCAUUGUGGGCCUGUUUGGAAUUGCCUUCCAGUCAGACGAACACUAUGGGUUCGCUCAAGAGUUGGUGGUCGGACGAGACCUGUUUGCUGUCAUCCAGCCUCGGGUGGGUAUCCCAGAGUGUGCAGUGAAGCGUUGUGCUGUCCAGGUGGCCAGUGCUCUGGAGUUCAUCCACCAGCUGGGCCUGGUUCACCGUGACAUUAAACCUGAGAAUGUGCUUCUGCUGGACAGCCACUGUAGGCGGGUCAAGCUGGCUGACUUUGGCCUGACUCAGAAAAGGGGCACCUUCAUUCGCUUCAUCAAGGGCACACUGCCCUACAUGCCCCCGGAGCUGUGCGCCAUGGUCCUGGAGGAUGGUCAGGAAGAGGUAAAAGCCCCCCCGCUUAGUGUAGAGCCUAGCCUGGACACCUGGGCCUUCGGAGUGCUGCUUUUCUGCAUCCUCACAGGCUUCUUCCCCUGGGACUGUUGCAUGCACACAGACGACUUCUAUCAGGAGUUUGCUGACUGGCGGCAGGACCCGGAGAAGACCCCUGUUCCCUCACAGUGGAAGCGGUUCACACCAACAUGUAUGAAGAUGUUUGGAAGGCUGCUAGAACUGGAUGCUAAUGAAAGGUGUUUGCCAGAAGAGGUCAAAGGGUUUUUGGGUAAAGAGUGGGUAAGGUCACAGGGCCUGAAUGGACUGAUGGAAGACAGUGAGAAAAUUAGCACCACGUCAGCUCUGAGCCCCUGUAAAAGCAGCCCAGUGCUGCAGUAAUGCUGUCAUGUGACAACUGGUGAGAGGUUUAAGAAUUCUGCUAACCCAAAUAGCUCAAAUUGUUAAGACAGAAGGCCAGUGGGGCUUCCAGUCACCCUGUAAAUGAAGUACUAAAUCAUACUGUCUAGUUUUCAUUUACUGCUAGCAUUUGUGUAAAUCUGUGUGAAAGUGUCCUAAAAACUAACAAGCUAACAAUGAGGUUUUCAAGCUAAGACCUGAAAGUUAAAUGGGGUGACGAGGGAACGACUUUUCAUAGAAUUAUUUCCAUCAAUGCUAACACUGUUAAUAAGGCUGACAAACAGGGUUCUGUCUAAAGAAGACAGAUUGAGCAGUUAGCAUGUCAAGGACAGCCCAUUGGU